AUGCGUAGGAUUCAACCGCACGGCCCCUAUCCCAUCGGCGGAUGGUCCGUUGUAUCGAUGUACGCCUACCAAGUGGCCCAUCGCCUCGUCAGGGAGGGUGAGACCAUAACAGCGCUCGUUAUUCUUGGCAUGCGUGCCCCGUCUCUCAUCCCGACCACCACCGUGUUGACAGACUUCGUCGAAAAGCUCGGUACCUUCCAGGGUAUCAACUGCGCGCGCGACUUGCCCGAAGAUCUUUCCGCCAAGAAAAAAGCACAUUUAAUGACCAUCUGUCGGGCUCUGCCGCGUUACGAUGCUUCCUCCUUCCUCCGGGUUGCCAGCCACGCAACAUCACCGUCAUCUGGGCCCGACUCGGACUCGAGAAUCGACCAGAUGAUCCCGUUUCUGCGAUGA